AUGUCUACCGAUAUACCAGAUGGAACAGAUUUCACAAAACGGGUUCCUAAACCACUAAUGGAGAAGAGAAGGAGAGACCGUAUUAACCACAGUCUGGAAACUUUGAGGCUUCUAUUACUGGAGAACACAUGCAAUGAGAAAUUAAAGAAUCCCAAAGUGGAAAAGGCUGAAAUACUGGAAAGUGUUGUUCAUUUCUUAAGAGAAGAACUUACAGGACCUCACCCAUAUACAAUCAAAAGGGAAAAAAGGGGACGUGAUGAAGAGUACAGUGAUGAGCUGGAAUCUCCUUGUAAACGUCAACAGAUUUAUGAUGAUGGUCGAAGAAACUGUCUGCUCAGGGUGGACCAUUUCAUUGCAAGCAGGAGCCACCAUGCAGAGGAAAACAUCCAAAGCACCUUGCAACAGAAGCUUCAAAACCAUUCUACUGAAGGUCAUCUAACCCCUGUUAUGCACCUUAGAUAUGGUGUCAGCUCUACACCAAGACAUUCGGCAGUUAGUCAGGCAGAGGCAGCCUGCACAGUACAGUCCAUUGUUUCUCAAAGAACUGUUAAUUAUGAGCAGACAAAGACAAAUUCCAGCUUUAAACAAUCUCUGCUCAGUGAAUCAGUGUGGCGCCCUUGGCCACAGUAG